AAUAAAAUAAAAGUAAAAUUAAAAAAAUUCAUAAAACAAAAGAAGUAUGACGAAGCAAUCUCCCUUUGCAAGGAGCUGAUUCGUCUUGCACUGGAAGGAUUGUCCUACUACCACACUUACGACAGAUUCUUUUUGGGCAUCACUGUUGUUCUUGGUUUUGUGGGAUGGACAUCUUAUGCUUCUCUGUUGAUCAUCAAGUCUCAUUCCAACCUCACCAGAGGUGGUAGUAACAAAAUUAAGAAACCAAAUCAUCUCCUGACAUGUACUUUUGUAGCUGUUGGCAUUGCAAUAGCAUUUUUCCUGCUGAUUCAGUCCUGUCCCUGGACUUACUACGUGUACUGUCUGUUGCCGGUGCCAAUAUGGCAUGCGCUUCUGAGCGAAUUUCCAGUGAUUGAGGACCUUGUCAAGUCUCUGCUGACCUUUCCCCCUGGUCAAUUUAUUGGAAGCCUGUUAGUCUUUGGUCUGGGACUUGAAAUACUAGUUCUCAGUUUUUUCUACCGCUAUAUGCUUACAGCUGGACUUACAGCAUUUGCGGGCUGGCCAUUCGUCACUCAGCUGUGGACUCGAGCAAAGAGCACCUCACUGAGUUGGACUUUGUUCUCUUUGCUCCUGGUAGUGUUUCCACUGAUGCCUGUUGUAGGACAGAAGCCAGACAUCUCUGUGGUAAUGGGAGCAGGCUUGCUGGUUCUUCUUCUGUCCCUGUUUGUUGUGACAUCAUAUAUAAAAAGAAAAGAUAAUCUCGAUGGAGAACUAUUUUUGUAUCUGCUACAGAUACUGAGCAUCAUGCUUUCCAUGUACACCGUGUAUAGCACGCACAGUAGUCUGCAGCGGAAACAAGGACUACCCUUUCUUAAUCAGACCAUUAGCUGGAUCAUAUUAGCCUCUUCCUUCAUCCUGCCACUUCUGAGUCCCACCAUCCUCUUCGAGCGGUUGUUCAGCAUACUCCUUUCCUUGAUGUCCACCUACCUGCUUCUAAGCACAGGGUAUGAAGCUCUCUUCCCAUUAGUGCUGUCAUGUUUGAUGUUCAUCUGGAUACACAUGGAACAAGAAACCCUGCAACAAUCUGGCUUUUCCUGUAAACAGAAGGUCAACAGUAUCCAGUUUGCCUACAAUAUUGAUAUAACUCAGUAUCGAAAGCUCUAUCUCGACGACAUCCAUAGGGCCUUUUUCCUUGUUUUCUUCUUACUGACAGCAUUUUUUGGAACUGGGAAUAUAGCUUCUAUUAACAGCUUUGAUCUUGCUUCAGUCUAUUGCUUUGUGACGGUGUUUAGUCCUUUUGUGAUGGGAACCCUGAUGAUGUGGAAGAUUUUAAUCCCCUUUGUACUUGUGAUGUGUGCUUUUGAAGCAGUUCAGUUAACUACCCAGCUGUCAUCAAAAAGCCUUUUUCUCAUGGUUCUCGUCAUAUCAGACAUCAUGGCUUUGCACUUUUUCUUCUUGGUCCAGGAUUAUGGCAGCUGGCUUGAUAUUGGAACAAGCAUCAGCCACUACGUGAUUGUCAUGUCCAUGACCAUCUUCCUGGUGUUCCUCAAUGGCUUGGCGCAGAUGCUCACGACCAAGAAACUCACAUUGUGCGGCAAACCCAAGAGCCACCUCUUCUGAUGGUGGCGAAACCACCUUUCAGCCCCAGGGCCCUUUCUCCUGUUUUGACUGGAAUCUCACCAAGGAGUUAGUAAGAAGAUGGACACCAUUUUCCUGUGGAGAAUAUAAGAGAAUAUGUUCUUUCUAUCUAGAAGAAUGUAGGGGAAUAUGUACCAUAUUCUGCUGUAAGAAAUGUGUGGAGUGAUACAUUUUAUGGGUUAGCUGGAAUAAAGGAGCUUUCAUGUUCAAAAAAAAAAAAAAGUAAAAUAAAAUAAUUAUAAAGAUGCUGUAGAGAACAUUCCUUCUCACAUCAUUCUCUGGGGUCUUAAAAUUGUCCUUUUUAGCCAUCAGGGAACACAGUAGUCUUUGUCCUAUAGACAAUGUGAAGCCAGAUCUGCAGCACA